AUGCCCAGCUCAGAAGAGACCGUCGGGUCCCCCUGCAAGCGGACCCGAGCCGCCGAGGAGGGCUACAUGCGGCGGCUCCGCUUUGUCCGGCUGUCGGAGCACGCCACGGCUCCGACCCGGGGGUCCGCGCGGGCCGCCGGCUACGACCUGUACAGUGCUUAUGAUUAUGCCAUACCACCUAUGGAGAAAGCCCUGGUGAAGACGGACAUUCAGAUAGCUCUUCCUUCUGGGUGCUAUGGAAGAGUAGCUCCACGUUCUGGCUUGGCUGCAAAACACUUCAUCGAUGUAGGAGCUGGUGUCAUAGAUGAAGAUUAUAGAGGAAAUGUUGGUGUUACAUUGUUCAAUUUUGGCAAAGAGAAGUUUGAAGUCAAAAAGGGUGAUCGAAUUGCCCAGCUCAUUUGUGAACGGAUUUUUUAUCCAGAAAUUGAAGAAGGUCAAGUCUUGGAUGAUACUGAAAGGGGUUCAGGAGGUUUUGGUUCUACUGGAAAGAAUUAAAAUUUGGGCCAAGAAUAGAAAAUGAGAAGCAUACUUUUUAUUAAAAGUAAUAUAGGGUUUGCUUCAAGUGUUUUUGGUGUUUUGCACCAUUGUAAACUUAAUGGCUUUAACUUGUAAAAAGUAUUUUAUUUUCUUAUGAUAGGAGGAAAAGGUACUUCUAUCAGGAUUAUGUGGGAACUUAUUUUGUGUGUUUUUCAACUGAUGGUUGUAUGAAAAUCUACUUUGUGAAUACUUGAUGCAAACGUUUUUAAAAAUCAGAUGUACAAUUUAAUUCAAUAAAGAACAUUUCUUUGGUUCUGCUUUA